UGCGGGGUCUGUAGUUGCGGCGCGCCCUCGUUCCCACCUCAGGCCAGACCUGGCACCCCGGGAGGGCCACCACCCGCCCGGGCAACGUCCCCCAGGCAGGGUCCCCUCCACCGCCUCCCCUGGCAGUAUCCAGGCCGGGGCGGGCCCAGCCCAGGCGUGGAGCGGCGGACCCCAGAGGGAUGAGUAACCCUGGGCUGCGCGCGGGCGCGGCCCGGCGGGCGCGUGCCAAACCCCGAGAUGCCGUAACGCGCCCGGAGCGUCUGGGGUCGUGCCCGGGGGCCGGAAGGGGCGCGGCUGCGGAUAAAAGAGCCGCGCUGGGUCGGGACCGCUUUCUUCCCGCGCUGCGGGCCGCGCUUCACUCCUCCGCCGGGUGGGCGGCCGACCCUCUCCCGAACCCUCGACGGACGCCAGGAGCUCUGGCCGGGCCAUGGCGGGGGCGGCGGGCGCGCCGGCGGCCAGGCCUAGCCUGAGCUCCAUCUCGUCAGGGGAGCUGCGCAGCCUGUGGACGUGCGACUGCGAGCUGGCCCUGCUGCCGCUGGCCCAGCUCCUGCGCCUGCAGCCCGGCGCUUUCCAGCUGCGCGCCGACCAGCUCGUGGUGCCCGGCCCCGCGGACCCUGCGGCCGCACGCGGCGGCUUCAACGUCUUCAGCGACGGCCUCGUGCGCUUCGACGGGCAACUCUACCGCCUCAGCAGCUACAUGAGGAGGUAUGUGGAAUUGACCAACUACUGCGAUUAUAAAGACUACAGGGAAACUAUACUGAGCAAACCAUUGCUGUUCUUCAUUAAUGUCCAGACCGAAAAGGACACCUCGAAAGAAAGAACGUAUGCAUUCCUUGUGAACACAAGGCACCCCAAGAUAAGAAGACAGAUAGAGCAGGGGAUGGACGCGGUCAUUUCCUCCGUGAUCGGGGAGAGCUACCGGCUUCAGUUUGAUUUUCAAGAGGCAGUAAAGAAUUUUUUCCCUCCGGGAAACAAGGUGGUCAACGGAGAAAAUUUGAGCUUUGCGUAUGAAUUCAAAGCUGAUGCAUUAUUUGAUUUCUUCUAUUGGUUCGGGCUCAGCAAUUCCACUGUCGAAGUGAAUGGAAAAGUUCUGAAUUUGUCAAGUACAAGUCCAGAAAAGAAGGAGACCAUUAAAUUAUUUCUGGAAAAAAUGAGCGAACCUUUAAUCCGAAGGAGCAGUUUCUCUGACCGAAAAUUCAGUGUCACUUCCAGAGGCUCAAUAGAUGAAGUUUUUAACUGCAACCUGUCACCCAGAUCAUCUCUGACAGAGCCUCUUUUGGCAGAAUUACCAUUUCCAUGUGUGCUGGAAUCUGAAGAGAUACCCAACCAAUUCAUCUGAUUGGAUUGAACGUUUUGCAGUUCCUCCUACACCCCAGGUGGUACCAGAAGGUUAAGGGGACACAGGAGAGGUGGGGGGCAGGUCCCUCUGCCCUAUGACCCUACAGAGACCCCUCUCUGCCAUUUCCCUGGGCGAUGGCUUGGCAGGUCCAAUGCAGCUGACUUCAGGGUGGGAGGUCUUGGCCCCAUGGCCUGCAGGCAGGGGGGUGGGGUUCUUCUCCUUUUAACGCUUCUCCAAAAAGGCAGAGGGAGUGGCAGAGUCCUGCCAGCCUGAAUGCUUGGCUAAUGCCCUGGUGCCCUGGAAGCAUCCCAGGCAGCCUCUGUGAGAGCUGUCUGACCUGGGCUUUGCCUUUUGGUGCUUCAUAAAGCUGGGUUUGGCCUCCUCUUGGGACUUCUUUGAAUGCAGACCCAGCAAGGAUGGGGUUAACAAUGCUGUUCUCUUGCAAACCUGGCUGAGCAAAAAGCCCAGGACAUCUUUCACGGGAAGGCAAGUACGUUUUUCAUCCUGCCCCCAGGACACCUUAGGAGAAACCCUCAAGGUGAAGGUUGCUGGAGGACUGGCCAGGAUGAUAGGACGGUAACCCUGCCACCCGCUGCCUGAAAUUUGAACUCCCUUGGCCUCCCUCCUAACAUAGUGGCCUGUGUAGAACGAGGCCAGGUGAUGUGAUACUGAACAUGACAGGAGAAGGAUAAUAUAUACGGCAUUGUCUUCUUUAUUAAAAGCAUGUUAUGUCAGUUGGGUAUUUUAUAAGCUUUUAGCUGUCCUAACACUAAAAGCAAAAUAGAAGAAAGCUAUACCAUUACCAUAAUACAUUGUUACAUCAAUACAUUUUUCAUCUCAUAGCUACAGUGGAGUUCUUCAAAAGAAGAAAAAAAUCAUCCUAUUUACAUAUAAAAAACCUGCAUGAGUGAAUUGCUACAUGGGCUUAUAAUGAGAAAGAUCCUGAGUAUAAUUUUUCUAUCCUUUUAAAAAAUGUUCCUGGAUUAUACAUUUCGAUAGCACUACUGAUUGUCCUUUCAUUUAUAUUUGAAAUGGCAUGUACCCUGGUUGUGCGAUUACAUUUUUUCCUUCACAUUCAAUAUAGAAUUGAUUAAAUUUGUGAUCAAGUAUGUGUGAUCUUUCCACUGUGUUCUGCUGGGGGUAUGUUGGCCCUGUAACUUACUAACUUAGAAUAAGAAUUGUGGUUUUAUAGCUCCUUUCUCAAGGAGAGCCUUUUGGGAAUUCCUUCUAUGGUGCAACGGGUUAAGCAUCUGGAGUGAUUCAGGUCACUUCUGAGGCUCAGGUUCAGUCCCUGGCCUGGGAAACUUCCAUACACCCCAAGUGCAGACCAAAAAAAAUGAAGAAGAGCAUUUUGAAGAACAGAUCUAUGAAGUAUUUGUAGAAAAAAAAUUGAUAUUAAUGUUUCAGAAAAGGGGAGUGUUCCUUAAUAACAGAAGAGGACACACAUCUGUUAUUGAACGCAGUGCAAAGUGAAGAAUACGAACAAUAAAGUUUUAUACAAGAGCAAAGAAAACUUAAAUGGAUGUCAAAUAUUAUAGGCUCCCCACAAGAAAUAGAAACUCUAUUCACAAAAACUGACAAAGUAGAUUUUUUGAAAGUAGUUGAGACCAUCGGUAAUCACUCCAGGAAUGGACUAAAGAUCCAGAAGGUUUCUUUUAUCAAUAAAAAUUUGUUUGCAGUCGA